AUGGACGUUGUGAACGAUCUUAUGUCAAAAAGUGAGCUUAUCUACUCUACGGACUAUGAACCAGACUAUAAGCCCGAAGAGUUUGAUGGAGGUGAUUUGGGAAUAUAUGUUGUGGAGAUGGUGAGCUCGGCCGUCAUUGGCGAACACGAGGACGUACUGGAACCGUUCUGCAGACGGGAUUCCAAAGGUUUCCAAGUGUCCACGAGGGAAAUCGAUGUGCUUCGAAGUUCUGCGGGCGACGGCCCGGACAUACGUUUGCCGUCUGGCCCGAUCGUUUUGGAAUCGGACGAAGAAGUACGUCAGGCAGUUAUUUUGCUAUUGCUGUUCCUUUUCAUAGACCAAGUAGCUUAUAAUAUUAUAACUUAA